CCAGCAUUCAAAAACUAAGAUGGCGGAAAUAUUUUUGAGCGGGGCUACACUUUCUGCACUAUAUUAUGAGCAUGUGAAUAGUCCAGGAGAUCAGGAAGGAUUUUUGAUUGGCAAGCUAUCUACAACAAUUUCUGACAGUAUCAGUGAUUCACAGAUAAACAACUUGAAAGAGGAGACUGUACUUAAUGUGUUUAGUCAUGUACCAUGCCCAAAGCCUCUAUCAUUUUACAAUGCAGUAGGAACAAUAGAUGCAGAGAAACUGCAAGACCUACUCCAGGAUAAGCUACAAGAUAUCAUUGGAUGGUACAAAUUCCGUCGUAACAGCAGUAGCACACUGACAACACGUGAGAGAAUGUUACAUGCCAAUCUCAUUUCUCAUGCUGGUCCCAAAUUAGAGAAGUACUUCCUGUUUGGAUUAUUCUCCCAAUUCACGACACCUAAUAUAUCUACACACACUGUGGAGCAGGUCUUCAUGCAAUAUAAGAGGAAUGUUGGGUUCGCUCCAGUGGCCGUAAAUGUUAUGAACCUGAAAGAUACAGCACAAGGGGACUACAGAUUGCAGUCCAGAUUGCCAGUUGAUCCAAGUUCUCACUUAUACAGAAGUAUGCUACAAAAGGCAGACAGGGAACACUCUAAUACACAGCCACAUCAUCUAGAUGGUGUCAGCAGUAUCCUAAAUAUUAAUAAACAUUUUAGCAAAGGACUUGAGAGACUUUCUGGCGAGGUGUGUGAAGAGGAAAAGCAACUUGAGCAACUGUCACAUCAAGUUGAGGAACUUAGGGGACGGUGGAGGGAAAAACAACAGCAAGAGGCCAGGGAAGCUGCUGCAAAGUUACAACUUGCCAAUAAAAGAAAAACUCCCUCUCCUACACGUAAAAAUAUUCCUACGCCAAAAACUUCACCUCCUGUUGUUGUAAGAAAAAAGACCCCACCUCCUGUCGCGCCAAAAUCUCCAAGGAGUCCAACUCUAGUGACGAUUCAUGGAGAUCACAUGACACAACCAGCAGAGACCUCUUUACAUGUUUUAACACAACAUAUAUCAAAGGAGCCACUUGUCCCUGAAAAAGUGACACGUAUACAGCAAUUGAAAAGAUCGCCUAAGCUGAGACCGAGAGUGCCUGAUCACAAGGUUAAUACAGUCUCUCAUCACAAUGAAACUGAGGCUGUUAAUCCUUUAUAUGAACUGCAACGUAAAUCAUUAGAUGAUUUAGAUAAGUCUAGUUUACAGUCCCACUCAGACAAAUCUACUUCACAAAGCAAGUCUAUUCCACAGUCAAAGUCAGACUCUUUCUCGUUCAUAGAUGAUGUAAUUGUCAAAUCCAAAGUGGCUCCUGAAGUUGCCAAGAAGCCAACGAAAUCAAAUUCGCUUCCCAGACAGUACUCCCAUGAGCCUUCAGUGCGUCGACCAAAACAUUUGCAAUCAUCCCCAGUUAACUCACACCAAAGUGAACAAAUGGAUCAAAGUGAACAAUCUUGUCAAAGUGAACAAUCAGAUGAGACUCAAAGUUUAACUGAUUGUGUUAGUAGUCAAGAUUGUACACCGCCACGUCAAACACACCCACGUAAAAUAGAUAUAAAUAAUCCCAUGGCGGGGGAACUGGAGUCUGAGGAAAGUUCAUCUGAUGUUGAAAGACAAAUGGAUAUAUCUUCUUCUCCCACAUUUUAAUGUACAUGUUUACCCCUGAAUAAUUACAGUCAGUUGGUGUUCUGAGUAUGGUGUUCUCCCAAAUAUACAGGCUGUGUGUUAUGCUGUCAAGAUUGUACCUAGGGGGUGUAAAAGGGUGAAAAAGUCUUACGCUCAGUCCAAAGCUUUGACUGGAAUUACUCGGACUAAUGUACAAUCUGACAAUCAUGCUGAUGUACACUAAGUUGCAUAUCCAUGACAUCUUAUAAAGCCAAAAUUAUACAGUAAAGCUAAGGAUCUUUUGUAUUAUGUACAUUGCUAGUAGCAAUUAAAUUGGAGGUGAUUUUUAGCUGAUUUCAUACUGGUUCCUCAAGGAAUUAAAUUAAAGGUGCAACAAUUAGUGC